AUGGCGUCGGCGCAGGCCACCAUUGUAGAGGACCUGAAGGACAAGCGGGUGCCGGCUGCUCUCUACUGGACAACGGAGCAUGUCGCCGACUGGAUCGAGGAGCUGGGCUUCCCACAGUAUAAGGCUUGUAUCCUGACAAACCUUAUUAACGGCAGGAAGCUCAGCUGUCUCCAUGCGUCUGCUUUCCCCAGAAUCGGAAUCACAGAUUUUGAACAUAUCAAAGCCAUUGCAAAGAAAGUCAGAGAGCUGGUGUACCUGGAGGAGCCCUUCUGGAACCGCAGCAUUGCCAACCCUCCCAAAAACAAUUUAGGAAUGUAUCUAGAAUUAAAAACAUGCACGGGAAAAGUUAUAGACCGGACAACUUUCAAGCAAAUGUACCAGCGUAACCCUGACCCAAAAUGGCAGCCACCAUUGUCCAAUCAGUGCAUGAUUCUGCCUCGAGACUGA